GAGGCUGAUGGGAAGGGCAUACGUGCUGGAAGCCGGCUCCGGUGCGGGAGGAUGGCGGCUCAGCAAGUAUUCCCACUUUCUUGCGUGGUGCAGCAGUAUGCCUGGGGAAAGAUGGGUUCCAGCAGUGAAGUGGCUCAGUUGCUGGCCAGCAGUGACCCACUGGCAAGUAUCUCAGAGGACAAGCCAUAUGCAGAGCUGUGGAUGGGGACCCAUCCCCGGGGAGAUGCCAAGAUCCUUGACAACCGAAUCUCACAGAAGACCCUAGGUCAGUGGAUUGCUGAGAACCAGGACUGCUUGGGCUCAAAGGUCAAGGACACCUUUAAUGGCAAGCUGCCCUUUCUCUUCAAAGUGCUCUCUGUUGAAACAGCCCUGUCCAUCCAGGCACACCCUAACAAGGAGCUGGCAGAGAAGCUGCACCUCCAGGCUCCCCAGCACUACCCGGAUGCCAACCAUAAGCCAGAGAUGGCCAUUGCACUCACCUCCUUCCAGGGCUUAUGUGGCUUCCGGCCAGUUGAGGAAAUUGUGACCUUUCUGACAAAGGUGCCCGAGUUCCAGUUUCUAAUUGGAGAUAGUGCAGCAACACAGCUGAAGCAGAGCAUGAGCCAUGACUCCCAGACCAUGGCCUCUGCUCUGCGGAGCUGUUUCUCCCACCUGAUGAAGAGCGAGAAGAAGGUGGUGGUGGAGCAGCUCAACCUACUGGUGAAGCGGAUCUCCCAGCAAGUGACUGCUGGAAACAAAAUGGAGGACAUCUAUGGGGAGCUCUUGCUGCAGCUACACCAGCAGCACCCAGGUGACAUUGGAUGCUUUGCCGUCUACUUCCUGAACCUGCUCACCCUGAAGCCAGGGGAGGCCAUGUUUCUGGAGGCCAACGUGCCCCAUGCCUACCUGAAAGGAGACUGCGUGGAGUGCAUGGCGUGUUCAGACAACACAGUGCGUGCAGGCCUGACACCCAAGUUCAUCGAUGUGCCAACUCUGUGCGAAAUGCUCAGCUAUACCCCCAGCCCCAGCAAGGACAGGCUCUUCCAUCCAACACGGAGUCAGGAAGACCCCUGCCUCUCUAUCUAUGACCCGCCUGUUACAGACUUCACUGUUAUGAAGAUGGAGGUCCCUGGCUCUGCUGCUGAAUACAAGGUCUCGGCACUGGACUCCGCCAGCAUCCUCCUGAUGGUGCAAGGGACAGUGACAGCCAGCACUCCCACAGCACAGGCAGCAAUCCCCCUGCGGCGGGGCGGGGUACUCUUCAUUGGGGCCAAUGAGAGUGUCUCACUGCAGCCCACUGUGCCCGAGGACCUGCUGAUGUUCCGUGCCUGCUGUCUGCUGUAGGGGCCACAGCCUUCCCGGCUCUCUGCCAGUUACCCUGAAUCCUGGCCAGUCUUCUCUCCUCAGGCCCAGCCCCAGCCCCUUCCCUGCUCUGGACUCUUGGGAUAUACCCUGGAUUGAUGGGGUAGAGUGAGCUUAGUGAGUUCUGAAUGGGCCUGAGCUGACCUGUCUUCCUCCUGGCAUGAGGGCCACAUGUGAGGACUAAGGACUGACGCUCCCCUUGUACGUUCCAGCCUACGGCCGUCUGAAAACAGCAGGAGGGUAGGUGAUUUAUUUCUAGGACCAGGAUUCUGGCCCUGGGACUGCCCAUUUCCUCAAUUGCAGAGGGGAAAAGGGUAGGCCUGUGGACUCGUGUUGCUCAUCGUCACCCUCUUGCGUUGUCAAAACUAUUAAAGAUACUUGUGUUGAG